AUGAUUUGCAGAAGCUGCCGGACGAGCCUGUCCCGGCUACAACAACAGCCGGUGACCUGGUCUGCUUCAUCAUGCGCGCGCCAAUUCCCCGUGGUUCGCACCCAAUUCCGAUUGUCCAGUGGAGGAAACAACCCUUCUGUGGCUGCUCCUCCUAUGCCAUCCGCUCCGCGUCAACCCUCGGCCGGCGACAAUACGACUCCGUCCGCCAUCUCCUCCGCUACCCCGGGCAUUUCUCAGCCCUUCAGUACCCCCGAAGGCGUUCACACCGAGGUGCGCCCUAAAGCCUCCUCAAAACCAGCUGUCACACGCCCACCGAGUAGCUGCCCGGCUGGGACCAAGAUGAACGGCCUCAACUAUUUCAAGAACAAACCCGACGUUUUCGCCAAGGAGGACGCCGAAUACCCGGACUGGCUCUGGGAUAUUUUGGGCGAUUCGGGCAAGCAAGACAAGGCCAAGACGGGUGGCGUAGACGUGAGCACGCUGAACAAGAAACAACGGAAACGCUACGAAAAGAAACUCGCUGCCCGUACUGGUCCCAUUGCGCCGAAGGUUCCCGUGCAUCACCAUUCUUACGAUAUCACACCGGCGUCAUACAACCGUGAUACACCAGCGGAGGAUAUUGUGACCGAGGCUACCGAGGGUAGUGAGAAGCGUUCGGAGGUCACUAAGAGUGCCAGAGAGUCGAGACGCAAGUCGAUCAAGGAAUCCAACUUCCUGCGUGGUCUGUGA